CCUCGACUCUCCACACACACUCGGCGCAAACAUGAGACUGCUUCUGGCCUGCGCCUUCUUGCUGGCUGCCGUAGCCACAGUCCGAGCCGCAGCCACUGAAGAAAAGAAGCAUGAGAAGCGAGGGCUACUGAGUAGCUACGGGAGUGGCUAUGGAAGCAGCUAUGGUGGCGGCUACGGGGGCGGCUAUGAUGGCGGCUACGGAGGCGGCUAUGGUGGCGGCUACGGAGGCGGCUAUGGUGGCGGCUACGGCCUGGGCCGUGGUCUUGGAUACGGAUCUGGCAUCGGUUCCGUCAUUGGGUUUGGCUCAGGUGCCGGCCUUGGUAUCGGCUCUGGUAUCGGAGUGCCGGUGUCAGCUCCGGCAGUGAGGACCGUGACUCAAGCAGUAGCGGUUCCAGUGGCCCAGCCCGUACCUGUGACCGUCAACAGGCCCGUGCCCGUACCUGUAGCACAGCCCAUCCCAGUGUCGGUACCCAGGCCCUACCCCGUCAGUGUCCCUCAUCCCGUACCUGUCUCUGUGCCCAGGCCGUACCCUGUGAGUGUGCCCAGGCCAGUAGCUGUACCUGUGCCUCAGGCCGUGCCUGUGGCAGUCCCUCAGCCCUACCCCGUCAGCGUGCCUCAGGCGGUCCCUGUGCAAGUGCCUCAGCCCGUGGCUGUGCCAGUGCCUCAGCCCGUCACCGUCACUAGGCCAGUGUUCAUCUCCUCCGGCCAAGGAGGCGGCUUCGGCGGCGCCGGGGGCUUUGGCUACGCUUCCGGGAUUGGAGGCGGCAUCGGCGGCGGUUUAGGAGGCGGCAUCGGCGGCGGUUUAGGAGGCGGCUACGGUUCUGGACUCAGCUUUGGCUAUGCAUCUGGCUCUGGCUACGGCCUGGGAUUAGGCUUUAGCCAUGGGUAUGGUUAUGGCCAUGGAUUAGGAUACAGCAAGCACUGAUGAAAAAUACCACUCAUGAAAAACUGUGUCAACCUAAUCAGCUGCGAAAUGGAUAAUUUUGUUUCUACUGGAACACCUACAAAAAAAAGUUAACAUUUUCUUGUUUUACUUUUGAGAUUGAAGAAGGGUGUAUUUUUACCAUGAUAUUAAAUCAAUAUAUUUAGGUCUUAAUUUAUUGUGUUACUGUGUACUUUUAUACAAAUAAAUAUAAUGCAUCUAU